AUGGCAUCCUACAGCAUGCCUAUACUGUCGAUUCCACUCUACUAUGCCUUAGCAGUCUUCCCACACGGCUGGGCAAUCAGCAGGGCCAACAAACGGGACAUGAAGCAGCAUCACAACCAGAAUCCCAAGGCGUCUUCAUACCAUGAAAAUCUCAAGAAGAGAUUGACCGCCCAGGAAUUUGCCGCAUUCGAACGCGCCGAGUCGUGUCAUCGCAACCACAUGGAGAACAUGCCAUUGUUCGUCGCUGCGAUUUUCGCGGGUUUGCUUGCAGAAUCGAGGGUGGGAGUUGAUCAAGUCGGAUUGAACACCUUUGUGUAUGGCUGGAUGGCUGUGAGAGUUUUAUACACCGCCAAUUACCUGACGACUGAGACGAGAGCAUGGAGCUAUCUGCGGAGCAUUCUGUACUUCGUUGGAACUGGAUGGGCGUUCUCUGUCCUGGGACGCUCGGCACUUGUUCUAGGGAACUGA